GUUAAUUAUUGUUAUUCUCCCAGUCUUGUUUGAGCAGGAAGGACGGUUUUGUUGCUGCUGAAGCGUCGUGUGUGUUUUGAAGCCAGCGUUCAAGACCCAUUCCCAGACACCUUAUCCUCCGAAUUGAGUCCGCAGUGAUGCGUGUGUUUUCGAUGGCUGGCACCCUCCUUGCGGUGUUCUUGGCCCUUGUGUGUCUGCAACAGCAGCACGUGGCCAACGGCGCAGAGUGCCAUGGCAAGCCGGAUCCAAAUGCGAAGCCAAACCUCAAUCCCAUCUACACAGAGGCACCAGUGCUUGUGCGCAGCGUGAAGAACGCCAAGCUGUACACGGUUGGUGGCGGCAAUGACACCAUCAGCCUCGUUCACUUGUAUGGCACCCCCUACGAGAUGGGCUACGCCCACGGCAUCCUGAUGAAGGAAAACGCCACCCAGUUCAUCAACGACGUCUGGGGCUACCUUGAGGACCAGGUGGAGAGCGCCAUCAACGGCACCAUCCACAACCUCCAGCCGUGGUUCCUCAAGCUCGUCGCAGACUUUGGGCUUGACGUUGCGCUUGACCUGACGACGGAUGCGACGCGGCCGUUUACCGGCGAGUACUUUUACGAGGAGAUGCACGGCAUGGCCGACGCCACGGGCCUCUCCUUCAAGAAGAUCGAGCGCAUCCACAUGAUUGGCGAACUCACAAAGGGCGCCUGCUCCAUGUACGGUGCCUGGGGCAACGCCACCCGCUCCACCAACAAGACCCUGCAGCUGCGCGCGCUUGACUGGGACAUUGACGGCCCGUUCCGCAACUUCCCGCAGAUCACCGUCUACCACCCGGUCAACACCACAUAUGGCCACGCCUUUGCAAACAUCGGAUGGACAGGCUGGAUCGGCUCCAUCACAGGCAUGAACUCGAAGCAGAUGGCCAUCAGCGAGAUUGGCGUUGCCUUCCCCGACUCGACAUUUGGCAAGGAGUCGCGCUUCGGCAUCCCCUUUACAUACAUCCUCCGUGAUAUCCUCCAGUUUGAUUCGUCGCUGACGGCCGCUCUGCACCGCAUCACCACCGCCAACCGCACGUGCGACCUCAUCCUCGGCGUCGGCGAUGGCAACAUGAAGGCGUUCCGCGGCAUCCAGUACAGUGCUAGCGUGGCCAACUUCUACACAGACACAGACAACAUGCCUGUUGCCGACUGGCACCCGCGCAUCCAGGAUGUCGUGUACUAUGGCAUGGACUGGCUGUGCCCGGGGUACUCGCAGGUGCUCGCUGCGCAGCUGCAGAAGCACCACGGCAAUAUCACCCCGCAGAACACCAUCGAGGAAAUCACGGCCAUCACACAGACUGGCGACCUUCACCUGGCGGUGUAUGACCUGACGGACACGAUCCUGUAUGUUGCCAACGCCCGCCGCGACGGCGUCGAUGGCCCCGUGAAGGCAUACGACCGCCCCUUUGUCCGCAUCGACAUGAAGCCCGUCUUCGCCCUGUCCCAGUGAUGGUGUUGCGGCCCUGGCCUCAGGGCGCAUGCAUGAGGGUGGCCUGUUGGGGUUUUCCAGUCCUCUGUGCAGUGUGUUGUCUGUCUGCCUUGGUAUGGGGAUGACUGCACGGUUCGUGGCUGAUGUUUGUUUGAUUUCCACCACCCCACCACUCUCCCUUCGUUGCUUUCCUUUCUUCUUCUUCUUGCUUUCCUUUCUUGCUUCUGUUACACUCAAGUCACGCGCGUCUGAUUCACACACACACACACACACACACACACACACACACACACACACACACACACACACAC